AUGAUGGAGAUCGACAUGCGGCCAGCUGGUGAUGCCUGUGCCCUCGGCUGUCUUUCGGUGUGCGUGCAAGGGUACAGAUUGAGAGUAGCGGAGGGGGGCCGCUACAAAGCCUCCGUUCAAGAUGGCUCAAAUAGUGCCAAAGUGGGUGCGCCUGGUCGCUACGCAAUUGGACCUCCUCGUGGCACGACGGUGGCCGCCACAGCAAAUCUUUGCGGCGCACGACUGCUUCGCGUGCAUGUGUAUGCGCACUGCAUGGGGCUAUCUAGCACUGCGUUUUGUGCCCCUCAACUGUCGAGAAGCACACAGCAGCAAGACUUGGGGCAGACUUGUACCAUGCGCUCGUUAAGCCGCGGUGUUGCCUCUUAA